UCUCGGUGACAUGAGACAGAUGAGGCAUCCUCCAAUAACAGCCAGGCUUCGGCCACUUUUAAGUCGGACGCUCCCACGAUACUUCAAUCUGGUCGUGCCCAGUAUCUAAGUCUUCUCUCAAAACCAACGAACUAACUUGCUUGGGAUUUCCAUCUGAAUCUUUGCGGGCGUCGUGAGCGAGAUGGGGAACGUGUCGCCCACUCCGAAACAGCUCAUGACCGAGGGUGCCAUAUUCUGGAGCAUCGCGGCGGUGCUAUUCAUUGGUCGAUUGGUUUCUCGGAUCAUCGGGACUGGUUCAAUAAAACGCCUGAACUUCGAGGACUAUACCAUGUGUGCAACAUUUGUGGUGUACACGAGUCUUCUAGUACUCAUCCCGAUAUCCUCCCUCUAUGCAACUAACCUUAUGGAUCCGGCCGACUAUGACAAGGUUCUUGCCGACCCGGUCGAGGUAAACAGACGUAUCAUUGGGAGUAAGAUUGUGAUUGCGUUAGAGCAAUGCAUGCUCUUCUCGACAUGGGGAGUGAAGACAUGCAUGCUGACCAUGUUUUGGCGCCUGACCAAGAAUCUCCGCUUACACCUCUUUGUGAAGGGCAUUGCCGUCUAUGUUGUGGUUGGGUUUGUCGUGAUUAUGGUGACCUAUUACGGCGUGUACUGUAGGCCCUUCUCGCAGUACUGGGCGAUGCCGGUGCACGAUAUGCAGUGUGCGACGUACCAGCACUAUUCGAUCACGCAGGCCGUUUUCAACAUCAGCUCGGACGCGGCCAUGCUGGCGGUUCCGGUGCCGCUGCUGAUCCAAGCACAGAUGCGAAUGAGGAAGAAGGUCCUCCUGAUCUGUAUCAUGAGCCUUGGUCUCUUCACCGUCGUGGCGGCCAUUCUCAACAAAGUGUACAACUUCGCAUCUCCCCUAACAACGACAUACCAGAUCUGGUACAUCCGCGAAGCAAGUACAGGCAUCUACGUGGCCAACCUCGUCUGUCUGUGGCCUCUGUUGCGCAAGUUGUUCGGCUUCAAAGCGUUCCAAAACAGUGGAAAGCAGUACCGGCAGCAUCUCGUCCGACCCGAUAAGGAAUGCUCCGGCGCUACGCGAUCCGCUGGAACAUCACGAUCGCGACCGUCAUUUUCGCUUCAGCGGGCCUUGCAUCUGAACGGAAAGGAUCCCCACGUUCUUGCAAAGUCAUUGGUGCCGGGUCGGAAGAACAACGGACAACGGGGCAGCCAGGAAGCAAUCACUAGGACCUCGCAUGGCGAUGAUGCGGAAGACCAUAUACCCUUGGAUGUCUGGGACAAGGGAGGUCGUCAGCCAGAUCCAGAGAUUGGAGUAGUUGGCGACAGUAUCUCGCGAACCUCGUCGCAUUCGGGGAUCGCGGUUCAUGGAAAGCCACCCCAAGAACCUCGGUCCCCAUAGCUGCGUGACUUCCUUUCAGCGUUGCCUGUUGUCUGGGCUUUACGCCACCAACACAUUGGCAGUACCGCUGAUUGGUUCCUCUCCCCAUAUCUUGGCAAUGGUCUCAGCCGUCGGGGUUCCGCCCUUCCAAGGUGCGAGUGAUUUCCAGGCCUUUUGAGAGCUAUCAAGAGCCCUCAGCGUGCGUGUGAAGUGGC